AGGAGUUCGCGCGAGUGACGUCACGAGGUAUUACGGUUUAUUUAUAAAACUUUUCAACGAGACGUUCCCCGCUCGGAUUCUCCUAUCAAUCGUACUUUAAACCUACUCUUUAUGUACAUCUUGCACGUCACGUAAGUCACCGGGGAUCGCGACGACGUAUUCCAAUCCUCCUGCCGUUGCUCGUCUUCACACAGGCGUGCCAGAGAGCCGACAAUUCCAAUCUCCUGAUUGUUGAGCUUUGUUUUAUCUGAAUAGCGACGACGUCGACAACGUGCUGUAUUCCUGUUUAUUUUCGCGAGUGGAUUACAUCUAUCGAGCGCCCGAACGUGACAGGUAUUGAAAUACAGAGGUAGACUAAGAGGCAAACAUGAGUUUACAGUGGACACUCAUAGCUGGUUUCCUCUAUAUUGAGGUUGCAAUUGUCCUUCUCCUAGUGCUGCCAGUAGCCUCACCAACUAGAUGGCAAAAGUUCUUCAGAUCUAGGUUUUUACAAAGCAUAAAUAAUCAGGCUUCUAUUUACUUUGUGGUUUUAUUGGGCGUUCUGGUUCUCUUUCUGCUGGAUGCCAUACGAGAGAUGCGGAAGUACUCCACAAGCUCAGAUCAUACAGAGCAUCAUCAACUGAACAUCGAAAUGCAAGAAAACAUGAGAUUGUUUCGUGCACAAAGAAAUUUCUACAUAUCUGGCUUUGCGCUAUUUCUGAGCUUGGUGAUACGCCGUCUUGUCAUUUUGAUAUCUGCUCAAGCUUCUUUACUCGCGCAAAACGAAGCAGCAAUGCGGCAGGCUCAGUCCGCGACAACCACAGCUAGGAGCUUAUUGUCUCAGAGAACAAUUGGGGAAAGUGCGCAGAAUGAUUCCAAUGAGGCACACGACAAAGCUGUCUCAGAAUUAAAAAAUCAAAUUAAAGAGUUACAAGCGAAAAAUCAGGAACUUGAGAGUAAUUUGACUAAAGAAAAAAAGGAUAAAGAAGCAGUAAAAUCGCAGGCGGAGUCACUCACCAAGGAAUACGAUCGUUUGACUAAGGAAUAUGCGAAACUUUCACAAUCGAGUGGUGAUAAGAAAACCGAUUAAAUAAUUGAGGUUACUUGUUUUUCUUUUUCUUCGUUUUUUAAAUCAUCAUUUGCUCAUG